AUGAGGGCCGCCCCGGGGCCCUGGGCGGCUGCCGCUACGGCCGUCUUCCUGCUGGGAGACUUCUUCUUCUUCUUCUUCGCUGCGGGGGACACGGCCACAGGGGAAGCAUUGCCAAUUCACAUCAUCAACUUCAACUUCGAAACCGUGCAGGUGACAUGGAACGCCAGCGGACCCACGGGGACGAAUUUCACUUUCCACUACAGGUUCCGCGGUGACAAUUGCAGCCAGUGUCCCAGCUACCUGCUUCAGCAGGGUCUCCCCGUGGGGUGCGUCCUCAAGGCCAAAGGAGACUUGAUGAUGGACUUCUCCAUCGGAAACGGGACCCACACUGUUCUCUCCAGGAGCGAGUGGAUCAGCUCCUUCUUGAAACCCAGCUCCCCACGAGACCUCCAGUUCCACUGGCGGGAGGAGGCCACCACCGUGACGUGUCCCGAUCUGCCAUAUCGGGGCCUGCGGUAUGAGGUUCAGCACAAGAGCGUCUUUGACCAAGAGUGGCAGUCCACGGAGGAAGACACCUGCAACGUGACGAUCAGAGCCUUGGAUGCCGACAGGUGCUACAGCUUCCGGGCCCGAGUGACCACCAAGGAGUCCAGCUACGGCCCGCACACCUACCCCAGCGACUGGUCGGAGGUGGCCCACCGGCAGAGGGGCGAGCCGCGAGCUUCGUGCCAGAAGACCCCGUUCUCCUCCAAGUUCGUUCUCGUCUACGGCACGGUGGCCGCCCUCAUCGUGGUCCUGCUGCCCCUGUCUGUGUGGAAGCUGCACAGAGUGAAGAAGCUGCUGGUCCCCCGAGUGCCCGACCCCAAGGUCACCUUCCCCGGCCUCUUCGAGUCCCACCAGGGAAACUUCCAGGAAUGGAUCAAGGACACCCAGAACAUCGCCGUCUUGAAUAAGACGGGGGAAGACAGGGAGCACGAGUCCCUCCUGGAGGGGCCGCUGGUGGUCCAGCGGCCCGCGGCCAAGGCCGAGGCGCCCGCGGCCUCGACGACAGGCCCGUCGCACCCGCAGGCGGCGCACAAAGAAGCCGCGGGGGACCCUGACGCGCUGCCCUGCCCGCCCGCCCCGGGCAAGGACCGGAUCUCUCUGGGGGGGUUCACGUUCGUGGUCAAUGACAACGCGUAUGUGACGUUGUGACGUCGGGACGCGGCUGCAGACGCCAAGCCGGUGGCAGGGGCGCGUGGACACAGGAACACCGAGGGGGUCUCUCCCCCGUGAAGGGGACAGACGCCCUGGACCACUGAUGCCAACGUGCGUGGGUCACCGAGACCCCAGCCGCCCAAGCAGCGCUGCGCCCGGGUCAGCU